AUGGCCCGCGGCGCGCCGGGCUGCGGGAGCGACGCGCGGCUGCGGCUGGGCCGGGACGCGCUGCGGCCGGUGUCCGCGCUGCUGGCCCCCGCCGUGCUGCUGGGCGCCGCGCUCGGCCUGGGCCUGGGCCUCUGGCUCGGCUGCCGCGCUGCCCGCGCGCGGCCGCGGCACCAGAAAGACGACGCCCAGAGCCUGCUCAGGAACCUGGAAUCUAACGUGCCCGCAUCCCCGGACACCAGCUCCCCUGCCCGCAGGAGGCGGCGAGAAGCCCAGAUGUCCAGGGAGGAGCCUCCGGACGAGCCGCCCUUCCACAGCAGCAUCACCUCGUUCGCCCUGAAGGCCAAGGUCGUCUACCCCAUCAACCAGAAGUUCCGGCCUCUGGCCGACGGCUCAUCCAACCCGUCCCUGCACGAGCACCUGCGGCCGGUGCCGCUGCCCAACCAGCCAGCCGACGUGUCCCCGAGCGGCAGCCUGGGCAGCCUGGGCCCCGCAGCCAAGGACGAGCGCAGCUCCUCGGCCAGCACGCACUCGGCCUCCAGCGACGAGCGGCUCCCGCAGCGCGCCUUCCUGCGGGCCCGCAGCUUCCCCGAGGCGCUGGCCUGCGAGAGUCUGGACCUCGACCUGUGCCUGUACGACCUCCACCUCCGGGACCUGCUGGGUCUGCACACGGCGCUGCGGAGGGAGAAGCACCUGAUGUUUAUUCAGAUUUUUAAAAUGUGUCUCCUCGAGCUUCCUAAAAAGAAGUCGGAUGAUGAAUUAUACCAGAAAAUUCUUUCAAAGCAAGAAAAUGACCUGGAGGAGCUGGAGAAGAGCCUCCGGGCGCGACUGUCGGGCGCAGAGCUGGGGACCGCAGAGCCCGAGUACGUCACGCUGGCCGACGUGGAGAGGAAGGAGCGCGAGGACGCGGAGCUGCUCGCCCAGCACAUGGACGCUUUCUGGAGGCAGAUGGAAAACGUCCAGCACAUCUUAGUGGAUCAGAUGAAGUGCUCGAGCUCCAAAGCCCGACAGCUCCACAUGACGCUGACGGAGAGAAUGACGGUGGCCGAGGGGCUGCUCCAGGAUUCUCAGGACCUGCAGGCCCUGGACUCGGUGCAGAGGACCCUGGGCCGGGCGCACGCGGCCAAGGCCAUGGAGGCCCUGAAGCUGCAGAUGCAGGAGGAGGCGCGGUGCCGGCUGGCCGUGCUGACCCGCGGCCUGGAGCGGCUCGCGGCGGGGGGCCGGCUCUCAGGCCAGCAGAAGGAGGACGCACUCACGCAGCAGCACAGGGCCUUCUGGGGGGAGGCCGAGCGCUUCAGCCGAGAGUUGGUCCAGCGAGGCCAGGAGCUGGUGAAGGCAGCGCUGGCCCGGCAGGCGGAGAGCACGGCCGAGCUCCGGCGGGCCCAGGAGGAGGAGCAAAGGAGCUUCCUGGGUGAGGCGCAGCCACCCGCUGACCCCGAGGCCUUCCUGCAGGCUUUCCACGCGCUCCUGGAGCGGCAGCGGCUGACGCUGAGCGAGCAGGAGGACCAGGACACCCUCGGGACCGCUGAGGCCCUGGUGGCACUGUGCCUGGAGCUGUACCACAGCACCGUGGGAACUUUCCAGAAGUUUGUGGACGUGCUGUUCCUUGAGACGCUCCCAGACUUGACAGGCCUGUCCAGGGCCCAGUGCGAGUGCCUGCAGCAGGAGGCGCAGGAAAAUGCUGCCCAGCAGCUGGGGAAAUCCGAUCGCUUCCAGAAGCAGCAGUGGACGCUCUUCCAGGACCUUCUGGAGCAGGAAAAACAGGUCUGGAUGGAAGAGUGUGCUCUGUCCACGGUGCUGCAGACUCAGCUUUGGGAGAGCCAGGAGGACAUCGUCCACCACGUGCUGAGCCGGCUGGGAGGACUCAGCGAGGAAUCUGUGCGGGGGGUCCUGCAGGGCCACAGCCUGCUGCUGCGCGGGGCGCUCCGCCACCUGGCCCUGCGCGGCCACGCCCUCGCCGCCCUGGCGCAGAUGAGGCUGUCGGGGAAGAAGAGCCUCGUGCAGGAGCUCCGGGAGCAGCUGGCGCUGGAGCAGGGCGCCUCCCCCUGCCUGGACGAGCACCAGUGGCAGCUGCUCAGAGCACUGGAGGCGCGCGUGGCAGAGGAGGCGGGCCGGCUGCGGGACGAGGCCCAGCACGCGCGGCAGGAGGUCCAGCAGCAGCUGCUGGCCGAGGCGCAGGGGCUGGGGCAGCUGCUGCAGCAGCACACAGAGCGGGCCAUCGCGCGGGCACUGCUGGGGCAGGCGCGCCACGCAGCCACCAGGAGCCGGGCCAAGGACAGGGACGACUGCAAGACGGCCCUGGUGGAGGCGGCCGUGGAGAGCGUCUACGUGACCAGCACGGGCGUGGAGCGGCUGGUGCGCGCCUACGAGCAGCAGCUGGGGGCCGUGAUGCAGGAGCACCAGGGGCGGACCCUGCUGCGCCUGCAGGGCCUUCGAGGGGAGAGAGUGGAGAGCUACAGGCUGCACAAGCAGCAGGAUCUCGGCACCGCCUCCCCGGGGGCUGAGGCGGCAGAAGGUGCCCAGGAGCCCGGCCCUGCCCUGCACCAGAGGAUGUGGGCGCAGCAUAAGAAGUUCCUGGGGCAGUUCACCGCGCACCAGCGGGCCCGCCUGCGCGCCCGGGACCAGGCGACCAGGGCCCUGGAGAGCCUGCAGGCACAGCUGGACACGCAGCUCCAGGAAGCCGAGCAGGUCUUCAUCUCUGAGCUGGCUGCGCUGGCCCGCGUGCCCCUGACUGAGAGCAGAGUGUCGCCCCAGAAGCGUGGACUUCCAGAGAAACCCCCGAGGACCAAGAGGAAGAAGCCCCCUCCCAAGGACAGACGCGACCCCGGGGCGCCCGAGGAGGAGGACCCAGCUGCGGGCAGCGCCGGGCUGAGCCCGCAGGACAGAGGAGCUGAGGCAGAGGGCAGCAGGACCACGAGGCCCAGAGCGGACACCUAGCGGGAGGCCCUGCCCCUCUCCCAGGCCCCGCCCCCGCCCCGGUUUACCCAGACUCUGGCGGGCCUCCCGACUGUGUGUCACUAGGAACCUUCCCAGACCUCGCGUCUCUUAAUGCAGAGAUGUGACUUUGCACUCCUGGUUCACUUCCUUCCCGGUCCUGUUUUUCCCAGUCCCCCCCCCCACUACGUCCUUAAGAUCCCUGCAACCUGUCUCCAAACACGGGGAUCAGGUGAAGAGGGGGAG